CAAAGUUCACAGGUAGUGCUCGUGUAAUUAUCGCUUUUUUUGUUUCACAAAAAUCAGAAAAAAUUAAAAGAAUUAAAGAAAAUUGUUCAAACGCAAUACAAAGAGAGAAAUAACGAAGAAAAAAAUCAGAGAAAAAGCAUUAGACACCCACUACCCUCAGAAGUUGUUAAAAGAAGUGAACACUCUUAUAAGAGGAAAAUUGAAAAAAAUAAUCAAAAAGUGCUAAAAUUGUGCAGUUACGAUUGUGAUCGUCAAAAAAAAAUCCAAAAAUUAACUUAAAAAAUACACAUAAAAUUUAAAUAAUAAAGAAAAAUCCAAAAAUGUCUGUCGCUGCAGCACAAAAGAACCGCGAAAUGUUCGCCAUCAAAAAAUCAUACAGCAUCGAGAACGGAUACCCAUCACGCCGCCGCUCUCUCGUCGAUGAUGCUCGUUUCGAAUCGAGUGUUGUCAAGCAAACAAAGCAAAAUAUCCUUGACGAAGCUCGCGUUAAAGCGAACGAUGGAGAUGAAUUCGAAAAUUCAUCAGAUAAUGAAUUUGACAAUGUUACUACUGUAGACAGUGAAAACAUGACAGAAAUAAAUUAUGAAGAUCCUGGCUUGACAGAGGACGAAAUCGUGCUUGCCAAUGCGGCAUCCGAAUCAAAGGAAGCCGAAAAUACCAUUCAACGUGCUGCUCUCGUCAUCCGUAUUCGUGAGAUGAUCAACUUGGGACGUGUCUUGAAGGCAAUUGAAACGUUCCACGGCACUGUAAUCCAUUUGGAAUCGCGUCCCUCCAAAACUGAGGGCGUUCAAUUUGACGUUUUGGUGAAAAUCGAUAUGACACGUGGCAAUUUGCUGCAAUUGAUUCGAUCUUUGCGUCAAACUUCGUCGCUCGGAAGCAUUUCGCUCCUUGCCGAAAAUAAUGUGAGCGUAAAAGCUCCGUGGUUCCCGAAACAUGCCUCGGAAUUGGACAAUUGCAACCAUUUGAUGACCAAAUACGAGCCCGAUUUGGACAUGAACCAUCCUGGAUUCGCCGAUCAAGUUUAUCGUGCACGCAGAAAGCAAAUUGCUGAAAUCGCAUUUGCUUACAAAUAUGGCGAUCCAAUUCCCCAUAUCGAAUACACCGAAUCGGAAAACAAAACAUGGGAGGCAGUCUUCAAGAUGGUCAAAGAUUUGAUGGUGAAACAUGCAUGCGCCGAAUACGUUCAAGUCUUCCGCAAACUCGAAGCUGAAGAGAUUUUCGUUCCUCAUCGCGUGCCACAGCUGCAAGAAAUGAGCGAUUUCUUGCGCAAAAAUACCGGAUUCACCCUCAGACCUGCCGCCGGCUUGUUGACAGCUCGUGACUUCUUGGCAUCUCUCGCGUUCCGUGUUUUCCAAAGCACACAAUACGUGCGACACAUCAAGACCCCAUUCCACACACCUGAACCUGACUGCAUCCACGAAUUGUUGGGACACAUGCCUUUGUUAGCUGACCCGAGUUUCGCGCAAUUCUCGCAAGAAAUUGGCUUGGCCUCAUUGGGUGCUUCCGACGAAGAAAUUGAAAAACUAUCGACGGUCUACUGGUUCACCGUUGAAUUCGGUUUGUGCAAGGAAAAUGGCGAAGUGAAGGCCUACGGUGCUGGUUUGUUGUCCGCCUAUGGCGAACUUUUGCACGCCAUCAGCGAGAAACCCGAACAUCGUCCAUUUGAGCCCGCAAAAACCGCCGUGCAGCCAUACCAGGAUCAAGAAUACCAACCCAUUUACUACGUGGCAGAGAGCUUCGAAGAUGCCAAGGAGAAAUUCAGACGCUGGGUCUCGACAAUGUCCCGACCCUUCGAAGUGCGCUUCAAUCCGCACACAGAACGCGUCGAAGUGCUCGAUUCCGUCGAAAAACUCGAGACACUCAUCUCACAGCUCAACACCGAGAUGCUCCAUCUCACGAAUGCAAUCGAAAAAUUGAAGAAACCCUUUUGCUAAAUUGUGAAAAAAAAUUUUUCCCGGAUGAAUUACUUACUGUCUUGUUACAUAUACGUUUUUGAGAAAAUGUAUUUUUAUCAUUAUUUUAUUUUUAUUAUUUAUAUUAUGUGUACCAAAUAAGUUAUUAGUUAUUAUUUUAAAGAAAAAUUUCUCGCUAUUAGUUGCUUUUUUGCACGGCGCCGCAGAAAACUACACUAUAUAGACGCUAGAUCACAUCUCAAGUAUUUUUUAUAUGUAUUAUUGUAUAAUAUUAUAUUAUUAUAUAUAAUGUCGAUGAAUGUUUGUGUAUAACCAAAAAAUUAUAAGAAAAAUACAAAAAAAUAUGAAAACACAUGUAAACUAAAGAAUUAAGAUA